AUGUUAUCUUCAGGAAAGUUUCGAUGGUUAUGGCUGUAUUUAUUAUUUGCACAAUUUGUGAUAUCAUAUGUAAAAACAGCAUGGCCACCUUCCAAUUCUUCAAAUGUACAAGUAUUGGGGAUCUUUGAAUAUCUUACAAAUAUUACUGAAUCUACUGUAUGGUCAGUUCAAUGUCGAGCAAUGUUCAUAUCAGCCAUAUUACUCUCUCAACAAUAUAAUAUGACUAUUCAAGGACAGAAUAUCAGUUGGCAAGCCGUAGAAACUGUAGGUGAUCCAAUGACUGCUCUUGCAGAUACAUGCCAAAUAAUUUCAACUUCAAAUAUCGCUGGCAUUGUAGGUUCAGGACUUUCAAGCGAAUCGGUGGUUAUUGCUCCUUUUGCUGCAAAAAUCGGUAUUCCUGUCGUAUCAUACGCAUCAACUGAUCCAGCAUUAUCUGAUGGUAUUGUUUAUCCUACAUUCUAUCGUACAGUUUCAUCAGAUAAUACAACUGCAUUGGCAAUGGCUCAAUUUUUCAUUCGAUUUAAUUGGACAUCAUGUAUUAUUAUCUAUCAGAAUGAUGAAUAUGGAACAGGUGGUGUACAAGCAAUAACUGAUAUAUUUAGUAAUCAGAAGUUAAUAGUUUCACAAAUGAUCAUGUUUGAUAUUGUGACUCGUACUAUUCGUGGUGACUUAAAAAGUCUUUUAAAAAAUAGUUCAAUACGAGUUAUUAUACUUUGGAUGGACUCAGCAUAUUCAUCUGUAUUUAUACAAUAUGCACUUGAUUUAGAUCUUCUUGGUCCAGUAUUUACAUGGAUAUUAAGUGUCCCUGCUACAUUAGAUAGUUUCAAUAGCACCUCUUAUACUAAGUUAAGUGGAAUGAUCACUGUUGAACCAGUUCCAGGUAGUGUUGUAAAUGCUCCAAUAAACACAACAUUAUUAAAUGCAGCAUAUAGUAUAUGGCAACAAUAUGAACCACAAACAUUUCCUGGAGCAGAUAAAGUUGAUUACUAUGCAAUAUUUGCAUUUGAUGCUACUUGGUCGUUAAUUCAAGGACUAAAUCAACUUUGUUCAUCUUAUCCUAAUAUUUCAACAACAUGUAUGACAUUCACUGGUGAUUCAUUCUGUUUCAAUCGUCGUUUUGUUAAUUCUGAUAUGUUUAUUAAUAUCCUUGAUAAUACUUCAUUUCUUGGUGUUUCUGGUCCUAUACAAUUCUCAAAUACCUCGACUGAUCGAAUAAAUGGCACUUAUUAUAUUGCAAGAAAUAUUCAACAUUCUUCAUCUAGUUUGAAUUAUGUCCCCGUAUUGGUAUGGUCUAAUUCAGAUGGAUGGACAACAAAUACACAAACGAAUGAAAUAGUCUGGCCUGGUAAUUCAUCAACAGUUCCUACCGGAUUUGCAGCAUUAUUGGGUUUAACCUUACGAAUUGCUGUUAUCGAUUCAGUUCCAUUUACAAUGAUGUCAGAAAUACAAGAUGCUUCUGGAAACAUAUCAACAAAACUAACUGGAUAUAUACCAGAUCUUAUUGACGAACUAAAAAAUCGAAUGGGUUUCAUUCCUAAUAUUACUUAUUUUUCUGCAAAUGCCUUAUACGAUGAUCUAGUUAAUUUAGUAGCAAAUGGUACUUUUGAUUUGUUUAUAGGUGAUGUAACAAUUACUGCAGCAAGAAGAGAAAUAGUCGGUUUUUCGAGUACAAUAUAUGAUAACUCAUUACGUGUCGUUGUAAGAGAUGCAGCUAGCGUCAAGUUAGAUCUAUGGUCAUAUUUAAAACCAUUUUCUUUUAAAUUAUGGAUAAGUAUAUUAGGUGCUGCUAUUUAUGCUGGUAUCCUAGUAUAUAUAUUAGAAGGACGACAAAAUGAAGCAUUACAAAAUCGAUCAAUAGUUUCUCUAAUUGGAAUGAGUAUGUGGUUUUCUUCCAGUACAAUUAUGGGUAAAAGUGCAGAUUUUCAGACAACGACAGCUCCUGGUCGAAUAUUAACUGCUAGUUUAUAUAUUUUAAGUUUGAUAUUAGUUGCUGCAUAUACUGCCAAUUUAGCAUCUGAUCUAACAUUGUUAAAGUCGGCAAGUAGUAUUUCUGGAAUAGAUGAUAUUAAAAAUGGAAAAGUUGCAUAUAGUCGUAUUGGUAUUCGUGUUGGUUCAUCUAUUGAAGAUUAUUAUUUAAGAGAAGUUUCUAGUGGUAGUCGAAAUUAUUAUCCAAUAACAUCAAAAACAAAUGUAUAUGUUGCUCUAUUGAAUGGUAUUAUUGAUGCGACUAUUACUGAUGCUGGUACUGCAGAAUAUAUAAUUAAUAAUAUAUAUUGUAAUUUAACUGUGGUUGGUUCCGAUUUUGAUCAAAGUGCAUAUGGUAUUGCUACUCAGAAAAAUUGGUUAUAUGAUCAAGAUUUAGAUCUAGCUAUUUUGUCAUUAAGAGAGGCAGGUCUAUUUGAUAAUCUAACAACUAAAUGGUUUGAAACAAAUAUAUGUUCUCAUCCAUCUGAUACAUCUAGUGCUAUGUCAGUUGAAUCUAUGGCUGGAUUAUUUUUGACUUGUGGAAUUAUUAGUAUUCUGGCUAUAUUAUUUUUUAUAUGGAAAAGACGAUAUCUCGUAAAAAAUUAUCUCCUUGUACUUUUCUAUGAAAAAGACACAUUAACUCAACGAAAUACUUCAUCAGCAAGUGAUUCAAGUAAUAUGUCAUCAGAACAGUCUUCACCAGGUGAAGCAUCAGCAUAUCAUAUAUCGUAUAUGUAA